AUGUCCACUAUGCGUUACCUACUCAUUUUGAAACUCGUUUGCGCCGCGCUCGCCGCUCCCGCUCCCGCUAAGCCUUUGUUGAAAGAAAAAGAAGAUUCUUCAAAUCUUGUUACAAACGUUGGAGUAAUCGAAACUGGUCACAGCAGUCCGAAUAUUUUUAAACGAGGUUAUGUUACGAAAUCCUGCAGUGACAGCCAGCAAACGUAUAUAAAUGCAGCUAUGGCAAAAUGCAAAGCAUUUGCCGAUAGUGCUUAUUACGCCGUUAAAAACAACGAUAAUCUACGGAAGAAAUAUUUUAAAACCAGCAGUUCCACACAUAUUGAAGCUCUUCAAGAUGCCUUUUGGGAAAUUGAAAAAGGAUGCGAUAUUAAAAGAGAUAAUAUCGCUAUUAUAUGUGAGGACAAUGGCGUUGAUUGUCCCAAGGGAAUUGGUGGUUUCGCAUAUCCUUCAGAGGAUAAAGUUCAUUUAUGCCCUCUUUUUUUCAAAUAUGGCGUUCCUUCGUCAGCCCGUACCCUUGUACAUGAGAUGUCACAUCUCAAAUCCAGUAAGUGGACCCCACAGAUAUCGAACGAGUUCGGAUUCAAUAAAAGUAACUUUCAAUCAAAAUAUAAUAGUUAG